AUGUCUGCUAAGAAAAUUCUGCAUACUAUCGACAAUGGUAAAAUCGGCAUUCAGCUGUAUAAUCCAGGAACAGACUGGAAAAGCUCUCUAGAAGUCCUUCAUAAAGGUUUCUUUCCUCAUGAGAAUAUCGCCAUGGCCGUUGGAUUAGAUAAAUCAGCACAGGCUCAGGGUGAUAUAGCAAAGCUCUUUGAAGCUCAACUUAACGAUGGUAUUUCCCUGGUAGCACGUCAUUUGCCAACAAAUGAAAUUGUAGGAUUUACCGUUAACAAACUCCACUCACGUCCUCUUCCGGGGACACCGUCAUUUUUCGAGGAAUUCCGCAAGAAUAAACUCGCAGAGGAAACGCGGAAAAUCAUUAAAUUCCUUGAGUAUGCCGAUGGGAAAAUUGAUCUUUUUGCUAAGUUCAACACUGAUUCAUUCAUUGAAUGUGGCAUCGUGGCAUCUCUACCGGAAUUUGGUGGAAGAAAAAUUGCCUUUCAUCUUGUGGAACAUACCUUAAGGUUGGCAAAGGAAAUUGCAGCAGGAAAUUAUCCCGAAACAAUGGCUGAUGAUCUCCGAGGGAUGAAACCAAAAAUUGUCUUUGCCAUUUGGACGUCGAAAUAUUCAGCGAGAGUUGGUGAAAAGUUGGGAUUCAUUCCACUUGACAGGAUUCCUUUUGCGAGCCUUGAAUCCCUUGGAGUACCAUUGAUGGUUGAGAAGAUUCCUCCUGAACACACUCAUAUCGUCCUGAGUGCCAUUGAAAUUUAA